AUGCCAGAUUCAUGUGUUGGUUAUGGCAUGUGUGGCACUCCUUACCCACUGUGGCUCAACGGCCCUCACCCACAGCUGGAAGAUGGAGUGGUCACACGGCAAGUCAACAACAAUGGAUACUUGACAUUUGAUUGGUCAUGGUACAGUUAUUAUCCAUACCAGAUCCCAGGUUAUGGUGGAACAGACCUCAUCGCUCCAUUCUGGACAGAUAUUGAUAACCGGGGCAAUGGUGUUAUUUCAUAUCGUCAGUACACGUCUGGCAGCGUCCUUACAGAUGCCACACAAGACAUUAACCAAUACUUCACUGACCUGAGCUUUUCUGCAACUUGGGUCUUUGUAGCAACAUGGGACAGAGUUGCAUAUUAUUCAUAUUCAGGAACCGAAACAUCUUUCCAGGUGGUUUUGAUUUCAGAUGGCCAUUUCUCUUUUGUUUUGUUUAAUUAUGGAACAAUUGCUCCAACUCAAAGAUAUAUACAGGUGUGCACUGACAUGACUAUUUGAAACUAUUCCAAUUUACUAACUGAAAUAGAAACUAAAACAUUUACUUUUGUUCACUUAUUGUAGGCUGGUUAUGACACCAUCAGCUCUGCAUACCACUUUUCAAUUACUGAAUCACUACAGCAUAACAUCACAAACUUGACAUACAGCAGCAAUGUCAAUGUGCCAGGCAGAUGGGUCUUCAGAACAGACCAAGGAUCACGAGGUUGUCAGUUUAAUGGUGUUCCAGUGCAGCUCGGAGACUCUUUCUGGAGUGAUGCCACCUGCCAGCAGAGAUGCACCUGCACCAGAAGCGGCCUCCAGUGUACCAAUGAGCCCUGCAGUUACUCCCAAGCCUGUCGUCCAGCAGCCUUCCAAUACUCUUGCCAGACCAUUCAGCGGCAAACCUGUACCAUCUCUGGUGAUCCUCACUACUACACCUUUGACUAUCAGGUUUUUCACUUUCAAGGGACCUGCACUUAUGUUCUAUCUGAGUCUUGUAGAAACAGUUUGCCAUACUAUCGCAUUGAGGGCAAAAAUGAGCAUCGGGGCAGCACGCAUGUGUCAUGGACACGAAUGGUCAGAGUGUUUGUCUACGAUGAAGUAAUUGAACUGGUUAAGGAUCACUAUUAUGAAGCAAGGGUUAAUGGAAGCUUUGCAGCAACGCCAUUCACCCUUCACAAUGGCUCCAUCCAGGUUUAUCAGUCAGGUUUUUCCGUGGCCAUCAGCACAGACUUUGGUCUACUUGUUACAUAUGAUGCAUACAGCUAUGUUAGCAUCUCUGUACCUUAUGACUAUUUUAAUUUCACCUGCGGACUGUGUGGAAACUUUAAUUUGCACCCUGAAGAUGAUUUCCGUUCACCCAGUGGUGAAGUCUUGAGCUCAGAUGUGGACUUUGCCAAUAGUUGGAAAGUAGACAGUGACACAGAUGCUGAGUGUCAUAAUGUCAGGUGCACAGGUCUUGCUUGUGCUGUUUGUACCUCAGAUGAAAUGGCUUUAUACAGUGACAGCAACCACUGUGGAAUCCUGGAAGAUGUUUUUGGCCCUUUUGCCAAUUGCCACUCUGUGCAUGCGCCACAGACCUACAAAGAGAACUGUGUGUAUGACCUUUGCUUGGGUGGAGGGUACCAGCCCAUUCUGUGCCAGGCUCUCAAUGUGUACGCUACUCAGUGCCAACAGCAGGGUGUACAACUUGGUCAAUGGAGACAGCAGGGCUUCUGUGAAAUUCAAUGCCCUGAACACAGUCAUUUUGAGCCUCAAGGAACAGGCUGUCCUGCGACUUGCAGUUAUCCAUCUGCUCCAAUGAAUUGUCCCUUGCCCAGUCAGGAAAGCUGUAUCUGUGAUCCUGGGUACAUCCUGAGUGCUGGAGAGUGUGUGCCUGAAGCAAACUGUGGCUGCAGUUUUGAGGGUUUCUAUUACACAGAAGGACAGUCAGUGGUGUUGGAUGGUGACUGUGGGAGACAGUGUGUGUGCAGCAGCAUGUCGAUGACCUGCCAUCAGCACCAGUGUGGUCCAGCAGAGGUGUGUAGAGUCCAUGAUGGUGUGAGAGGCUGCAGACCCACCGGCUAUGCAACCUGCUCAGUUGAAGACCUCGGGUCAUAUCACACCUUUGAUGGACUAAGUUUCAGAUAUCAGGGAGCAUGCGGACUGACCCUUGCUAGGGUGAUGGGACCCUCCCCGCUACCACACUUUGCGUUGACGGUGGAGAAAGUACCCAGAGGCCUUCAAGACUUUUCCAGGUUCCUGAAGUUUGAGGCAGAAGGAAUUCAGGUCUCCAUCGAAAUGGGAGAGGGCAGCAAUGUAAAGGUGGAUGGACAGAUGGUUGGUCUGCCUGUCAGUGUCAGCUCUGGUCAAACCCACAUUUAUCACAGCAGUGUGAGGGGUUUUGUUUUGGAAACAAACUUUGGGGUGACUGUAAGAGCCGACUGGCCACACAUUGUCCGAAUUACGGCACCAAGCACAUAUAGUGGCACACUUGGAGGUCUGUGUGGGAACUUCAAUGGAGACAUUGCUGAUGAGUUUUACACUCCAGAUGCAGUCCUGUUAAAUGACACUCAGCUAUUUGCGGACAGCUGGCGUGAUGGUUCCCUAUCAGCCCACUGCGAAGACCCAAAUGACAGCUGGGAACCAGGACAUUAUCAGAACAGCAGUCAGUUCACUGAACAUUGUAGCAUCAUGUCCACGUAUAAUGGACCAUUUGCUGAGUGCAGCAGAGCAAUAGAUCCUCAGCAACGCAUUGCAGACUGUGUUCAGCUGCUGGAGAAGACACAAGGUGCCAGAGAGGCUCUAUGCGAGGCCCUGCGAGGUUACAUGCUACUUUGCCAACAGAAUGGCAUUGCAGUAGAAGAGUGGAGGAGUGCCACCCACUGUGAUCUCAGCUGUCCAGCUAAUACUCAUUAUGAAGUAUGUGGCACAUCCUGUCCUGCUUCUUGUCCCAGCCUCUCGUUCCCAUUUCAGUGCACAUUGCAGUGCCAGGAAGGAUGCCAGUGUAAUGACGGAAAUGUGUUGAAUGGAGAUCGUUGUGUGCCUCCCGUGGGUUGUGGAUGCCUCCACUCUGGGCGUUAUCGGCAGGCUGGAGAGACGUUCUGGCAUGGUGAAGAGUGCCAGUACUUCUGUGUUUGUGAUGGAAUCACUGGAAAUGUUCAUUGCACACAAUCUUCUUGCAGUGAGGGGGAGGUCUGCCAUGUUUUGGAUGGCGAGUACGGCUGCCAUCCUCGGCCGCAUGCUCGCUGCUCUGCUUCAGGAGACCCCCACUACGUGUCUUUUGAUGGAACCUACUUUGACUUCCAGGGCACAUGCCGCUAUGUGCUAGCCACAGUAUGUAAUGACACUACUGGCCUUCCGCACUUCCAGGUGGAUGCAAGGAAUGAGGCAUGGCACGGACUCUCAGUAGCAAUUACUGUAGAAGUUUUUGUCAAUGUCUCUGGGCAUCUUGUGCACAUGUCACAAGACAUGAACGGUCAUUCUACUGUUGAGGUUGACGGAGAGACCAGAAACCUCCCAAUCCUGCUUGACUCUGGACGGGUGUCUGUGUACUCCAGUGCACAGUACAUAUUUGUAUCAACUAACUUUGGUUUGAGCGUGAGUUAUGGUGGUUCAUGGACAUUGAACAUCAUCAUACCAGCGAACUACAGUGGGGUUACGUGUGGCAUCUGUGGCAACUUCAACGGCCAGAGUAAUGAUGACUUCAUGACUCCUUCAGGUGCUCUGGUGCGCUCAGCAGACCAGUUUGGAGCAAGUUGGAAGGUCGAGGACGAGCUGCCAUGCAAUGAUGGGUGUGGAAACAAUUGUCCUUUGUGCCAGGAUCAGACAACUGCCCGUUCUGUCUGUGACAUCAUCAGGUCCAGUCAAGGCCCCUUUAGUUUCUGCCAUGUUUAUGUAGAUCCUCAAGCCUACUUUGAAGACUGUGUGUUCGAUGUGUGCCUUUCUGGAAACCAUAAUGAUGUCCUGUGUCGCUCGGUCCAAACCUAUGCGAUUGCCUGUCAAUCUAACAAUGCCGUUAUCUAUCCCUGGAGAGAAAUCGCAUCAUGUGUCAUAACCUGCCCAGAGAACAGCCACUAUGAGUUGUGUGGCACAGACUGUGGUCAUACUUGCUCCAGCAACAUUGAUGCUAGUUGUGAACACACAUGCUCCGAGGGAUGCUUCUGUGAUGAUGGGUUGGUGAGGAGUGGAGGACUCUGUGUAUCAGUGGAGCAAUGUGGCUGCUUGUAUGACGGAUUUUACUUUAAUGUUGGUGAGCAAUUCUGGAAUCUAGAAUGUUCCCAACACUGUGAGUGUUUUGCUCCAAAUGAUCUGCGCUGCUCUGCUUCCUCCUGCCAACCUACUAUGUUGUGUAUGGUCAGAAAUGGACGCCGUGACUGCUACGAAGAGAGUACCACAUACAUGACCACUACCAUAUCAAGCCAUUCCUUAGAGCAGAGUACCGUUAACAUGACCACCAACAGACCAAUCCCCCCAGCGGUGUUUUAUCCAUUUGGAGCUGGAGACAUAGAGAAUUAUCGUUCUGAUGAUGGAAGUUCAUCUGUGAUCUACCUUCUGCAACAAUUCAUAUUUUUUGGACAAACAUAUAGUCAAAUAUAUGUCAACAACAAUGGACACUUGACUUUUGAUGGAUCAUUUUCCAGCUACACUCCAUACCAGUUCCCAGGUUAUGGUGGAAUUGACCUCAUCGCUCCAUUCUGGACAGAUAUUGAUAACCGGGGCAAUGGUGUUAUUUCAUAUCGUCAGUACACGUCUGGCAGCAUCCUUACAGAUGCCACACAAGACAUUAACCAAUACUUCCCUGACCUGAGCUUUUCUACAACUUGGGUCUUUGUAGCAACAUGGGACAGAGUUGAAUAUUAUCCAUAUUCAGGAACAGAAACAUCUUUCCAAGCGGUUUUGAUUUCAGAUGGCCAUUACACAUUUAUUUUGAUGAAUUAUGGAACAAUUGCUCCAAAACGUUAUGUACAGGCUGGUUAUGACACCAUCAACUCCAGAUACCAUUUCUCAAUUCCUGGAUCAUUCUCGGAUAACAUCACAAACUUGACAUACAGCAGCAAUGUCAAUGUUCCAGGCAGAUGGGCUUUCAGGACAGAUCAUGGAUCACGGGGUUGUCAGUUUAAUGGUGUUCCAGUGCAGCUCGGAGACUCUUUCUGGAGCGAUGCAAACUGCCAGCAGAGAUGCACCUGCACCAGAAGCGGCCUCCAGUGUACCAAUGAGCCCUGCAGUUACUCCCAAGCCUGUCGUCCAGCAGCCUUCCAAUACUCUUGCCAGACCAUUCAGCGGCAAACCUGUACCAUCUCUGGUGAUCCUCACUACUACACUUUUGACUAUCAGGUUUUUCACUUUCAAGGGACCUGCACUUAUGUUCUAUCUGAGGCUUGUGGCAACAGUUUGCCAUACUAUCGCAUUGAAGGCAAAAAUGAGCAUCGGGGCAGCUUGCAUGUGUCAUGGACACGAAUGGUCAGAGUGUUUGUCUACGAUGAAGUAAUUGAACUGGUCAAGGAUCACUAUUAUGAAGCAAGGGUUAAUGGAAGCUUUGCAGCAACACCAUUCACCCUUCACAAUGGCUCCAUCCAGGUUUAUCAGUCAGGUUUUUCCAUGGCCAUCAGCACAGACUUUGGUCUGGUUGUUACUUAUGAUGCGUACAGCUACGUCAGCAUCUCUGUACCACAUGACUAUUUUAAUUCCACAUGUGGUCUGUGUGGAAACUUUAACCUGCAUCCUGAAGAUGAUUUCCGUUCACCCAGUGGUGAAGUCUUGAGCUCAGAUGUGGACUUUGCCAAUAGUUGGAAAGUAGACAGUGACACAGAUCCUGAGUGUCAUAAUGUCAGGUGCACAGGUCUUGCUUGUGCUGUUUGUACCUCAGAUGAAAUGGCUUUAUACAGUGACAGCAACCACUGUGGAAUCCUGGAAGAUGUUUUUGGCCCUUUUGCCAAUUGCCACUCUGUGCAUGCGCCACAGACCUACAAAGAGAACUGUGUGUAUGACCUUUGCUUGGGAGGAGGGUACCAGCCCAUUCUGUGCCAGGCUCUCAAUGUGUACGCUACUCAGUGCCAACAGCAGGGUGUACAACUUGGUCAAUGGAGACAGCAGGGCUUCUGUGAAAUUCAAUGCCCUGAACACAGUCAUUUUGAGCCUCAAGGAACAGGCUGUCCUGCAACUUGCAGUUAUCCAUCUGCCCCAAUGAAUUGUCCCUUGCCCAGUCAGGAAAGCUGUAUCUGUGAUCCUGGGUACAUCCUGAGUGCUGGAGCGUGUGUGCCUGAAGCAAACUGUGGCUGCAGUUUUGAGGGUUUCUAUUACACAGAAGGACAGUCAGUGGUGUUGGAUGGUGACUGUGGGAGACAAUGUGUGUGCAGCAGCAUGUCGAUGACCUGCCAUCAGCACCAGUGUGGUCCAGCAGAGGUGUGUAGAGUCCAUGAUGGUGUGAGAGGCUGCAGACCCACCGGCUAUGCUACCUGCUCAGUUGAAGACCUCGGGUCAUAUCACACCUUCGAUGGACUAAGUUUCAGAUACCCCGGAGCAUGCGGACUGACCCUUGCUAGGGUGAUGGGACCCUCCCCGCUACCACACUUUGUCUUGACGGUGGAGAAAGUACCCAGAGGCCUUCAAGACUUUUCCAGGUUCCUGAAGUUUGAGGCAGAAGGAAUUCAGGUCUCCAUCGAAAUGGGAGAGGGAAGCAAUGUAAAGGUGGAUGGACAGAUGGUUGGUCUGCCUGUCAAUGUAGGCUCUGGUCAAAUCCACAUUUAUCACAGCAGUGUGAGGGGUUUUGUUUUGGAAACAAACUUUGGGGUGACUGUAAGAGCUGACUGGCCACACAUUGUCCGAAUUACGGCACCAAGCACAUAUAGUGGCACACUUGGAGGUCUGUGUGGGAACUUCAAUGGAGAAAUUGCUGAUGAGUUUUACACUCCAGAUGCAGUUCUGUUAAAUGACACUCAGCUUUUUGCGGACAGCUGGCGUGAUGGUUCCCUAUCAGCCCACUGUGAAGACCCAAAUGACAGCUGGGAACCAGGACAUUAUCAGAACAGCAGUCAGUUCACUGAACAUUGUAGCAUCAUGUCCACGUAUAAUGGACCAUUUGCUGAGUGCAGCAGAGCAAUAGAUCCUCAGCAACGCAUUGCAGAUUGCGUUCAGCUGCUGGAGCAGACACAAGGUGCCAGAGAGGCUCUAUGUGAGGCCCUGCGAGGUUACAUGCUACUUUGCCAACAGAAUGGCAUUGCAGUAGAAGAGUGGAGGACUGGCACCCACUGUGAUCCAAGCUGUCCAGCUAAUACUCAUUAUGAAGUGUGUGGCACAUCCUGUCCUGCUUCCUGUCCCAGCCUCUCGUUCCCAUUUCAGUGCACAUUGCAGUGCCAGGAGGGAUGCCAGUGCAAUGAUGGAAAUGUGUUGAAUGGAGAUCACUGUGUGCCUCCCGUGGGUUGUGGUUGCUACCACUCUGAGCAUUAUCGGCAGGCUGGAGAGACAUUCUGGCAUGGUGAAGAGUGCCAGUACUUCUGUGUUUGUGAUGGAAUCACUGGAAAUGUUCAUUGCACACAAUCUUCUUGCAGUGAGGGGGAGGUCUGCCAUGUUUUGGAUGGCGAGUACGGCUGCCAUCCUCGGCCACAUGCUCGUUGCUCUGCUUCAGGAGACCCCCACUACGUGUCUUUUGAUGGAACCUACUUUGACUUCCAGGGCACAUGCCGCUAUGUGCUAGCCACAGUAUGUAAUGACACUACUGGCCUUCCACACUUCCAGGUGGAUGCAAGGAAUGAGGCAUGGCAUGGACUCUCAGUAGCAAUUACUGUAGAAGUUUUUGUCAAUGUCUCUGGGCAUCUUGUGCACAUGUCACAAGACAUGAACGGUCAUUCUACUGUUGAGGUUGAUGGAGAGACCAGAAACCUCCCAAUCCUGCUUGACUCUGGACGGGUUUCUGUGUACUCCAGUGCACAGUACAUAUUUGUAUCAACUAACUUUGGUUUGAGCGUGAGUUAUGGGGGUUCGUGGACAUUGAACAUCAUCAUACCAGCGAACUACAGUGGGGUUACGUGUGGCAUCUGUGGCAACUUCAACGGCCAGAGUAAUGAUGACUUCAUGACUCCUUCAGGUGCUCUGGUGCGCUCAGCAGACCAGUUUGGAGCAAGUUGGAAGGUCGAAGAUGAGCUGCCAUGCAAUGAUGGGUGUGGAAACAAUUGUCCUUUGUGCCAGGAUCAGACAACUGCCCGUUCUGUGUGUGACAUCAUCAGGUCCAGUCAAGGCCCCUUUAGUUUCUGCCAUGUUUAUGUAGAUCCUCAAGCCUACUUUGAAGACUGUGUGUUCGAUGUGUGCCUUUCUGGAAACCGUAAUGAUGUCCUGUGUCGCUCAAUCCAAACCUAUGCGAUUGCCUGUCAAUCAAACAAUGCCGUUAUCUAUCCCUGGAGAGAAAUCGCAUCAUGUGUCAUAACUUGCCCAGAGAACAGCCACUAUGAGUUGUGUGGCACAGACUGUGGUCAUACUUGCUCCAGCAACAUUGAUGCUAGUUGUGAACACACAUGCUCCGAGGGAUGCUUCUGUGAUGAUGGGUUGGUGAGGAGUGGAGGACUCUGUGUGUCAGUGGAGCAGUGUGGAUGCUCGCAUUACGGAUUCUACUUUAAUGUUGGUGAGCAAUUCCAAGAUGAAGAAUGUUCCCAACUCUGUGAAUGUUUUGCGCCAAAUGAUUUGCGCUGCUCUUAUUCAUCAUGCCCACCAACAAUGGAGUGUACAGUCAGAAAUGGACUUCGUGGCUGUUAUGAAGAGAGCACUACACACAUUAUCACCACCUCAUCAACCCUUCCCUCAGAAGAGAACACCUACACCACCUACAUGACCACCACCAGAUCAACCAUUCCCUCAAGACACCCCUGUCAAGAGCUCAGCUGCACUGAGAUUGAACGGUGUGAAGAGAAACAUGAUUUCACUGAAACUUGUGAAAGCAGCUCUGGCUCCAUGUCUCUGUCUCGCUGUCAGCUUUUUGAGGCUGGUUUUCCUUCCGACAUCUUACACCUCAAUGACCCCAGCUGCAGAGGAACAGUCCAGAAUGGCAGAGUGGAGUUCUAUUUUGACAACAAUGACCACAUCUGUGGCACAAAUCUUGUGGCCAAUGGCACCCACUUCAUCUAUGAGAACUUUAUUGUGGGGGAGCCAAACUUAGUUGGGCAUCUCAUCAGCAGGAAGAGAAUUCUGAAGCUUUCUUUCAGCUGUGUUUACUCACAAACCCAAACACUUUCCAUGGACAUCAACCCUCUGGAGAGCUCUGUGCACGUGAACCUUCCUGCUGGUCAAGGGACAUAUCGGGUCAGGAUGAUUCCAUAUCAGGAUGCUGAAUUCUCCCACCCCUUCGCUGGUAGUGUGAAUGCAGAGCUGAGCAAGCGGAUUUUUGUGGAAGUUCGUGUUGAUGGAGUCGACAGCCAUCAGUUUGCUUCAGUGAUUGACACAUGUUGGGCUACACCAGUGAACGAUCCUCAUUACCCUCUCCGCUGGGACCUAAUAGUUGACAGGUGUCCCAAUCCUAAUGAUGAUACAGUGCAGUUGCUGCAAAAUGGUGUUUCUACAUCCAGCCGUUUCUCCUUCGAGAUGUUUAUCUUCACUGCAGACUCCACCAAGGUUUACGUGCACUGCGCUAUUCACCUUUGCCUUCUGACAGACAAUCACUGCUCAGUGACGUACAACCUCAAUGCAAAAAUGAGGUUUCUAAUCUUAUUCAGUGUGUCACUACUGCUGAAAAAUGGUGAUAGAAUCGGAGGACAAACAUCGGACCUUACCCAGACAUCAGUGUACACAACAGCAACGGAGGCAAUCCCCCUCACAGAAUCUGGUGGAGACCCCUGUCAAGAGCUCAACUGCACUGAGAUUGAACGGUGUGAAGAGAAACAUGGUGUUUAUGGCUGUUCCUGCAUGGAAAACAAUCACAGAUCUCAGCAUGACUCCUUUGAUUUCAUUGAAACUUGUGAAAGCAGCUCUGGCUCCAUGUCUCUGUCUCGCUGUCAGCUUUUUGAGGCUGGUUUUCCUUCCGACAUCUUACACCUCAAUGACCCCAGCUGCAGAGGAACAGUCCAGAAUGGCAGAGUGGAGUUCUAUUUUGACAACAAUGACCACAUCUGUGGCACAAAUCUUGUGGCCAAUGGCACCCAUUUCAUCUAUAAGAACUUUAUUGUGGGAGAGACAAACUCAGCUGGACAUCUCAUCAGCAGGGAAAUCAUUCUCAAGCUUCCUUUUAGCUGUGUUUACUUACAAACCCAAACCAUCUCCAUGAACAUCAACCCUCUGGAGAGUGCUGUGCACAUGAACCUUCCUGCUGGUCAAGGGACAUAUCGGGUCAGGAUGAUUCCAUAUCAGGAUGCUGAAUUCUCCCACCCCUUCGCUGGUAGUUUGAAUGCAGAACUGAAAGAACAGAUUUUUGUGGAAGUUCGUGUUGAUGGAGUCGACAGCCAUCAGUUUGCUUCAGUGAUUGACACAUGUUGGGCUACACCAGUGAACGAUCCUCAUUACCCUCUCCGCUGGGACCUCAUCACUAACAUGUGUCCCAGUCCAAAUGACAAAGUGGAGCUUCUGCAGAAUGGUGUUUCCACAUCCAGCCGUUUCUCCUUCAGCAUGUUUAUCUUUGUUUCAAAUUCCACCAAGAUUUUCCUGCACUGCGCUAUUCACCUUUGCCUUCUGACAGACAAUCACUGCUCAGUUCACUGUGACUCUGAACACCAUCACAGAGAGGUCAGAUCUUUGGACUUCCGUGACAGGACUUUCUUAUCUGUGGGUCCCUUGAUGUGGUCUGAUGGUAACAAAGGUGUGCAGGUCUCAAACCAAGUGUGGGUGUCUAGGGCUCCAAGUCUGUGUUCUUCUCUGAUGAUAUUACUCAUUUCUAUGAUAAGUAUUGUUCUAGAAUUUUCCCACUACUAAUCAUUUUAAGGACUCUCCCUGUGACCUCUGUUUGAUUAAUUCGGCACUGGUGCCAUAUUCACUUUGCUGUAUGUAAUCUGAACCUCAUGUUAACAAUUUCAGUUUGCAGACAUUGCUGAACUGUUUAUUCUGAUAAAUGUAACUAGUCUCGUUACUCUUAUGAGAUGGAAUAUACACAAUGUUAUGUUUAAAUAAACAGACUG